CAUCAUCAUCGUAAUCAUCUCAUCUCAUAGCUUUUACUUUACCUUUUAAGAAACAUAAACCAACAUAUCUUUCUUCUGGUUAUUAAUUAGUUUUAUCCUCCAUAUAUGGCUACGGCUGCCGGAGCUGUAAUCCGACCACUGUUGAACUUGAAUGGUUCUGGUGGAAGAACUUUGCCUCCAACCUCAGCUUUCUUUGGUGGAGAUAUAAAAAAACUGGUCUUUAAACCAAAAACAAAGGCUUCAAGUGGGAAAUUCAAGGUGGUUGCAGCCGAAGUUGAUGAAGAUAAGCAAACCAACAAGGACAGGUGGAGAGGACUUGCGUUUGAUGAAUCCGAUGAUCAACAGGACAUUACCCGAGGGAAAGGAAUGGUGGAUACACUCUUUCAAGCUCCCAUGGAUAGUGGCACUCAUUAUGCCGUUUUGAGCUCCUAUGAGUACCUAAGCACAGGCCUCCGGCAAUACAACCUCGAUAAUACCAUGGAUGGAUUCUACAUUGCACCUGCUUUCAUGGACAAGCUUGUUGUUCACAUCACCAAAAACUUCAUGACAUUGCCAAAUAUCAAGGUUCCUUUAAUUUUAGGCAUUUGGGGAGGCAAAGGUCAAGGAAAAUCUUUCCAAUGUGAGCUUGUAUUUGCGAAAAUGGGUAUCAACCCAAUCAUGAUGAGUGCCGGAGAAUUAGAAAGCGGAAACGCAGGUGAACCGGCGAAGUUAAUCCGGCAAAGAUACCGCGAAGCAGCAGACAUAAUCAGCAAAGGGAAAAUGUGCGUCCUCUUCAUCAACGAUCUUGAUGCAGGGGCCGGAAGAAUGGGUGGAACUACUCAAUACACAGUCAAUAACCAGAUGGUGAAUGCCACCCUCAUGAACAUCGCCGAUAAUCCCACCAAUGUCCAGCUUCCCGGAAUGUACAACAAACAAGAAAACCCUAGGGUUCCGAUCAUCGUCACCGGUAACGACUUUUCCACUUUAUACGCCCCUUUAAUCCGUGAUGGUCGUAUGGAGAAAUUCUACUGGGCACCUACUCGCGAAGAUCGAAUUGGGGUUUGCACUGGUAUAUUCAGAUCUGAUAAUAUCCCUAAAGACGAUGUUGUCAAGCUUGUAGACACCUUCCCUGGUCAAUCGAUUGAUUUCUUUGGUGCUUUGAGAGCGAGAGUGUAUGAUGAUGAAGUUAGGAAGUGGAUUUCGGGGAUUGGAAUUGAAGGAAUUGGGAAGAGACUUGUGAAUUCAAGGGAGGGACCUCCGACUUUUGAACAGCCGAAAAUGACUAUUGAAAAGCUUCUCGAGUAUGGAAAUAUGCUUGUGAAGGAACAAGAGAAUGUGAAGAGAGUUCAAUUAGCAGACAAGUAUUUGAAGGAAGCUGCACUUGGAGAUGCUAAUGAGGACGCCAUUAAAAGUGGAGCCUUUUAUGGGAAAGCUGCGCAACAAGUUAAUGUUCCUGUUCGUGAAGGCUGCACGGAUCCUUCGGCAGAAAACUUUGAUCCAACGGCUAGGAGUGAUGAUGGGAGCUGUGUGUAUAAGUUGUAGAUGGUGAUCAAGGGCUUAGAUUAUCUGCAAAUGCGAUAGAAGCAUUCUGUAAUUAUGUUAUGGGUGCAUAUCGUGAUAUCGAUUACUGUUUUGUAUGCUAAUGGCAGCAAUAGUUAAUUAUGCAUGGUGAAAUGGUUUUACACUUGAAGAACUUUAAUCGUAUACCUUGAUGAUAUGUUUGGUAGUAUCAGAAAACAUUGGCAGGAUUUGUGACUUUCAAACUAAAUUUUAACUUUCAUCCAAAAUUUCAGAUUUGAUAUUGAAAAUGGGAUGAAAAUUACUUACUUUUGUGCUCUGUGUAGCCAAUUAGGGAGCACAACUGGAAAUUUUACUAGUGGU